CGCUCAAACUGAACAGGACGCGCCUGUAUUAUAUUUAUUUGAACGAUAUCAGUUGGGGCUUAAGGAGUAAUAAAUGCUAUUAUGUCGAAACUAAAAAUUCUUGCUUUGUUUAUAGUUGGAUAUUUAUUGGAAAUAACCACUGCUGCAGACCCCAUUCAGAUCCCUAAUUCACACAUCGCGGUGACAUCAAAGGGGGUUCCAUACAUGAGCUGGACUGCUGAUGAGGUCAUCGAUGGUAGUGUGAAUGACAAAGGCGAUGCUGCCUAUUGUGGAUGUUGCGCAAGUCUCGAAAGACCGGCAUGGGUGCAACUGACACUGGACAAGACUUAUCUCGUGGACAAGAUUCUAGUUCUAGGGCGUACAGAUGGAGCAUUUGUUCAGUUUGACAACAUCACAUUGUUACUGGGAAGACAGGAUCGAUCACUUCAGAACGAAAAGUUCACUUUCAAAAACCAGUCGUUUGCGGAGACGGUACUGGCUCCUCCACGGGAAGUAUAUGCUGUAGGAGUUUCGGGCAUUGUGUCAUCAACUAUAUAUAUGACUAUAUGCGAGAUUAAGAUAUACCGACAAGCAGAUUGUGUACACGGAACGUACAGUGCAAACUGUUCCAAAGAGUGCCAUUGUCUUUCGGGUUCCUGCGAAAGUGUCACGGGCAUAUGUAUGAAUGCGGUAUGUCAAGACGGCUGGAGAGGAUUUGCCUGUAAUGAAACUUGCAACCAUGGCACUUUUGGUGCUAACUGCUCCUCUAUAUGUCAUUGUUACGACAAUGAAACAUGCCAUCAUAUUAAUGGUACCUGUCCCUUAAACCAAUGUGCAGCUGGAUGGACGCAUGACAACUGUAGCGUAGCAUGCGAUCAAGGGUUAUUUGGUUUGAACUGCUCCUCAGAGUGUCAUUGCCUACAUGGUGCCAACUGUAACCAUGUCUCCGGUAACUGCUCCGAUGAGCUAUGUGAGCCUGGGUGGACCAAUAGUAACUGUAGCGUUGCCUGCAACCCUGGUACUUUUGGUGCUAACUGCUCCUAUAUAUGUCAUUGUUUCAACAAUGAAAUAUGCCAUCAUAUUGAUGGUACCUGUCCCGUUAACCAAUGUGCAGCUGGAUGGACGCAUGACAACUGUAGCGUAGCGUGCGAUGAAGGUUUAUUUGGUUUGAACUGCUCGUCAGAGUGUCAUUGCCUACACGGCAGCAACUGUAACCAUGUCUCCGGUAACUGCUCCGAUGAGCUAUGUGAGCCUGGGUGGACCAAUAGUAACUGUAGCGUUGCGUGCGAUGAAGGUUUAUUUGGUUUGAACUGCUCGUCAGAGUGUCAUUGCCUACACGGCACCAACUGUAACCAUGUCUCCGGUAACUGCUCCGAUGAGCUAUGUGAGCCUGGGUGGACCAAUAGUAACUGUAGCGUUGCCUGCAACCCUGGCACUUUUGGUGCUAACUGCUCCUAUAUAUGCCAUUGUUACAACAAUGAAAUAUGCCAUCAUAUUGAUGGUACCUGUCCCGUUAACCAAUGUGCAGCUGGAUGGACGCAUGACAACUGUAGCGUAGCGUGCGAUGAAGGUUUAUUUGGUUUGAACUGCUCGUCAGAGUGUCAUUGCCUACACGGCACCAACUGUAACCAUGUCUCGGGCAAGUGUUCCGAUGAGAAAUGUGAGCCUGGGUGGACUAACAGUAACUGUAGCGUUGUCUGUAAAUCUGGCUUCUACGGGCAAAGCUGCUCUAUGAACUGUCACUGCGACACGUGCCAUCACGUCAAUGGAUCCUGCUUAAUGUCUCUUCAAUGCCACGAUGGAUUCAGUAUGGAAAAUGGUUUCUGUACACCACACAAACAGAUAGGAGAAAGUAGUACCGUAAACGUGGCUGGAAUAGUUAGCGGUUGCGUCGCAGCUGUUGUUAUCAUAAUAGGAAUGACUUUAUUAACCUUAUAUUGCAGGCGGCAAAAACUACAUGUUAAAGAAUGUCGUACUAAAAUAUCUACAUCGGCAAAAGUAGAGACAAGUUUCUAUACGAGAUUUGAUCAUCUCGAUCGGGCUAAUGAUGGAAAAAACGACUCCGUAGAAGGCAAAGCGAACGUCGCUUUAAAAAAUGUCAGCAGUUUAUUGUCUGACAAAGAGAAUCCCGUUUCUUGCGAUGACAAUGAUUACUACAGCUUCAAGACACUAAGCCCUGGAAUCAGAAUCCAUGAACUCUGGGACUACAUUCACGGAAAGUGUCAAAGUGGUUCAACAUUCUUUGAAGCAGAAUUUAAAGUAAGUAAUGGUCCAAACAUAAAGAUUAAAUAA